AUGCCUCGUCAAUUCUUCGUUGGUGGUAACUUUAAGAUGAAUGGGUCUGUUGAUACCAUCAAGAAGAUCAUUAACCACAUCAAUGAUGCUGAGAAGGAUCCAAAUACCGAGGUCGUAAUUGCACCACCAGCUCUCUAUCUCCUCCUUGCUCGCGAACAUCUCAAGGCUCCUCUCGAGGUCGCUGCACAAAACGUCUUUGACAAGCCAAACGGAGCAUUUACUGGAGAGAUCUCCGUCGACCAGCUCAAAGACUCCAACAUUACAUGGACGCUCCUCGGACACUCCGAACGUCGUGUUGUGCUCCAAGAAGACGACCAAUUCGUCGCUUCCAAGACAAAGGCUGCUCUUGAUGGCGGUAUCGGUGUUAUUUUCUGCUGCGGAGAGACCCUCGAGCAGCGUGAGAGCGGCGAGACUGUCAAGGUUGUCACCACACAACUUGCUGCUGUCAAAGAGAAGGUCCAGGAUUGGAGCAAGAUUGUCAUCGCAUAUGAACCAAUCUGGGCUAUCGGUACCGGCAAGGUCGCUAGCACUGAACAAGCUCAGGAAGUCCACGCUGCUAUCCGUGAAUGGUUGAAGAAGGAGGUCAGCGAAAAGGUUGCCGAGGAGACAAGAAUCAUCUACGGUGGCAGUGUCAGCGAGAAGAAUUGCAAGGAUUUGAGCAAGCAACCUGAUAUUGAUGGGUUCUUGGUCGGUGGUGCCAGUUUGAAACCUGCGUUUGUCGAUAUCAUUAACAGUCAUUUGUGA